AUUAUACCUGAAAAACCGUUAGUAUAAUCUUGUUUUGUUUGUCCUCGUCUUCCCUCCAUUGUGUAAGAAUCAUGACUUGGAAUCACACAAACUCAUCCUCCACUACCCGAUUCCACUUCUAUAUUCAGCGAUAACACCCAAAUAAUUUAGCUUUUCACCCACGAAAGCACCUAACAAUUGAUUGCUUUAAGAUCCACAAGCCAAAACCUUUGAUUGCCGCAGCUUCAACCUUUACCGAAAUGAGUUCAGGACUCAGCAGUAUUGUGCAGUUGGGUAGCUUCAGACCCAGAAGCCUGAAAUGUAGAUUUUUCUCUUUUGAACCUGCCAAACCUUCCAUUUCCUUCGAUUCUUACAAUCUCAAUAAAUAUAAUUCCAUACCCGGUUUCGAUAGUAGUCAGAAGCUUGGUAAAGUGAAGUCAGGCUUUUGCCGGUUGAAUAAAGAUUUUGUUUUGAGGUCAAAGCCAGUUUUGAGUCUGGAUAAAGAUGUGGAUGUAGAAGGGAAUGGAGGAGUCAGCAGGGAGAGUAGCAACUAUGAUGCCAUUGUUAUAGGGUCUGGUAUUGGCGGUUUGGUUGCUGCCACACAGCUGGCGGUGAAGGGAGCUAGGGUUUUGAUUUUGGAGAAGUACGUGAUUCCUGGUGGUAGCUCUGGGUACUACCAGAGGGAUGGUUAUACUUUCGAUGUUGGGUCUUCUGUGAUGUUUGGUUUCAGUGAUAAGGGAAACUUGAAUUUGAUAACACAAGCAUUGGCAGCAGUUGGUUGUACAAUGGAGGUGAUUCCUGAUCCAACCACUGUCCAUUUUCAUCUACCGAAUAAUCUUUCUGUUCAAGUUCAUAGAGAAUACAGUGACUUCAUCUCAGAACUUACUACUAGAUUUCCCCAUGAAAAGGAAGGGAUCCUUAAAUUCUAUGGUGAAUGUUGGAAGAUAUUCAAUGCCUUAAACUCAUUGGAAUUGAAGUCACUAGAGGAGCCAAUUUACUUGUUUGGACAGUUCUUUCAGAAGCCCCUCGAAUGUUUGACACUGGCUUAUUACCUUCCCCAAAAUGCUGGAGACAUAGCUCGAAAGUACAUAAAGGAUCCUGAGUUAUUGUCUUUUAUUGAUGCAGAGUGUUUUAUAGUGAGCACAGUUAAGGCAUUACAGACACCAAUGAUUAAUGCGAGCAUGGUUCUAUGUGAUAGGCAUUUUGGAGGGAUUAACUACCCUGUUGGUGGUGUUGGUGGUAUCGCUAAGUCCUUGGCUAAUGGUCUGGUUGAACAGGGGAGUGAGAUCCUAUACAAGGCAAAUGUGACUAAUGUCAUACUAGAGCAUGGAAAGGCUGUGGGAGUGAGGCUGUCAGAUGGAAGAGAGUUCUUUGCCAAAACCAUAAUAUCCAAUGCUACCAGAUGGGAUACCUUUGGAAAGUUGUUAAAAGGAGAAAAGAUUCCAAAAGAAGAAGAAAAUUUCCAAAAUGUUUAUGUUAAGGCUCCAUCUUUUCUUUCCAUUCACAUGGGUGUUAAAGCUGAUGUUCUGCCACCAGAUACAGAUUGCCAUCAUUUUGUGCUUGAGGAUGACUGGGCAAGAUUAGAGGAGCCUUAUGGCAGUAUAUUUUUAAGCAUUCCAACCGUUCUUGAUUCAUCACUAGCUCCCAAGGGGCACCAUAUUCUUCACAUAUUUACAACUUCUUCCAUAGAAGACUGGGAGGAACUCCCUCCAAAGGACUAUCAGGCAAAGAAGGAGCUUGUGGCAAAUGUGAUUAUAAGCAGAUUGGAGAAGAAACUGUUUCCAGGGCUCAGAUCAUCAAUUUAUUUUAUGGAGGUGGGGUCACCGAAGACACACAGGCGAUACCUAGCUCGUGAUAAAGGCACCUAUGGACCAAUGCCACGUAGAACUCCUAAAGGUUUGCUUGGAAUGCCAUUCAAUACAACAGCUAUAGAUGGUCUUUACUGUGUUGGGGAUAGCUGCUUUCCAGGACAGGGUGUGAUAGCUGUAGCCUUUUCAGGAGUUAUGUGUGCUCAUCGAGUAGCUGCUGACAUUGGACUGGAGAAAAAUUCCCCUGUAUUGGAUGCUGCUCUCCUUCGACUUCUUGGCUGGUUAAGAACAUUGGCAUGAGUUGUGCGAUGGGGAAAGCAAAAAACACAACUUACAUUGUGAAAUUUUUACUGAUAAGCAUGGAAGGGUUGCUGAGUGGCAACAACGGUCAAAGCCAAAUGAAAAUCUCCUAGCUAUUGAAGUAAGGCAGGUAUCCUGAUAUGUAACAAAUUUUCACGCACUUGAAUCAUCUUCUGUAUUACUCAUUUACAUGUCCCCGAGGUUGCACCAUGUACAUAGCUAUAGAGCAGUCUUUCUUUCUCUCUUUCA